UAUAAAUAGCGACGAUGGGUUAAGAGACUCUGCACACAAACUACUUGUGUAUGUUUAUAUAUACUUAUACUUCGUAUAUAAAUAUACUCCCCGUACGUAUAUAAUUAUAUAUUCGGUGGCAAGUAUAUACACCCAAACUAGAGCUAAAAACAUCGCAAACGUAGUCUCUGAGAGUAGGGGAGAAGAAAUACGUAGUUGUUGAGAGGAAAGAAGAUCACCGGAGGAAGAAAAAGCUCGCCGGAGUUCGCCGGACUGUUCUAUUUCACGCCCAAGGAGCAACGAUGUUCUGCCCAGUGCCCACCCUCACGACCUGAGUUGCUGGAGAGUAGAAGGAGUGAUUGAGGAUCACUGACACCAGGAAAAGAACACCGCCGGAGCCGCUACCAGUCUACCAACCACGACGCACGUUUGUUCCACGAAGAAGAAGCACAGUGACUUUGAAGAGGAUCAAGAUUUAGUUACAAGUAAAGAUUCCUGAAAAUUAAGGUCCUAGAAUCAGCAGUGUGGAUUGAUUGAUAUCGCUAGUUUGCCUUGGUAUGAAUCGCCCGAAUCUGAAUCUUCAUUGCGAAGAUGAUCUUGAUUCAGAGGUCAGCAGCAGUCAAGUUGCCUCAAACAUAUCCAACGACAGCAACAUGACCAACUCCUCAUCCUGCUUCACCAGUCAACUCGCCCUAGACUUGACCCUCGGCUCCAACAAUGCCACCAGCUACGGCGGCGAGUCGCUGAAGAGCAGCGGCGCCGGCGGUGAAGUAGUUGUCCCGCAUCCACAAACCGGGCAGCUCUCGCGGGUCUUCUCCUGUCACUUCUGCAGGCGCAAGUUUUACAGCUCGCAGGCUCUGGGAGGCCACCAAAACGCCCACAAGAGGGAAAGGACUCUGGCCAAGAAGGCCAUGCGAAUGGGGAUGCUCUCCGACCGAUACGCCGCAGCCUUGGCAAUUCAGGGCCCUGCUUUUCGGGCCCUGGGGGUCGAGGCCCAUGGCUCGGUGCUCCACCCGAGCUGCUUGCCCCGCCACCAGCAGCCCGGGAGCAGCCCCUUCCACGGCGGAGUCAGAGUUGGUGGGGCCCGGUUUGAUCAGCAGGCCUAUUUUGGCGUCCCUCUAUUAGUUGAGGAUGAAGACGUGGAGAUGUUCUGGCCUGGAAGCUUCCGGAGAGUCGACCCCGCCGCCGGCCAUACCUCUAACGUGAGCUUCGUCACACGCAAUCCUAGCACAACCCCGGACCUAAAUUUGAAAUUAUGAUCUGAUCCGUGUCUUUUUCUUUUUUACCGGCUGUCGGUUUUUACCCCAUCCAUUACAUCAUUUCCCCUUUUUCCCCAUCGAUCGAGAUGGAUUGAUUAUAUUCACGAUGUUAGUUGUUUGCCUAUACUGAUGUACAAUAUCCUUUCUCAUGGAAUUCAAUAUAACAAACAAGGUGAUAAUUUGUCCUUAAAUUUUGAC